CAACACCACUAGACUAUCCUAGUGGUGCUCAAUCAAUUAUUUCUUUCUUGCUGUGACAACUAUACCCGUGGUCUUAACUAAGUCUUAACAAGAUAGAAUAAUGCUUAAAAACAAAAACAAGUGAAAUGAUAGACACAGACAAACAUCAAAUGUCAUUCACUAUUUAUUAACUAUGGCGAUUCAUUUCAAACGCUUGUUUUGCACUUGUUCAAACGAUGCAACCCAGAGUGUGGUAACGAGCGUGGUUUCGAUCCUCACCCAGCAACGUUCCAAGUCUCGUUGGAGCUAUGUCCAUUCUCUGUGCCCUAACGGCAUCGACCCCAUUGAUUUUUCCCAAAUCACGCUUCAACUCAAGAACAAACCUCACCUCGCAUUACGCUUCUUCCACUGGACAAAAUCCAAAUCCCUAUGCCACCACAACCUCGCUUCUUACUCCACCAUCAUUCACAUCCUCGCACGUGGCCGCCUCAAGUCACACGCUUACGAAGCCAUCCGAAUCGCAAUUCGCUCUUCCGAUCUCGCCGCCGACGACGACAACGAAGAUCGUCGUUUCAAUUCGCCGCCUUUGAAGGUCUUCGAGACCCUUGUCAAGACCUACCGAGAUUGUGGGUCGGCACCGUUCGUGUUCGACUUGUUGAUCGAAGCGUGUUUGGAAUCCAAAAAGGUUGACCCUUCAAUUGAAAUCGUUAGAAUGUUACUCUCUCGCGGGAUUAGCCCCAAAGUUAGCACCUUGAAUUCUUUGAUUUCUAGGGUUUGUAAAAGUCGAGGGGUAGAUGCUGCUUAUGCUAUUUACCGAGAGUUCUUUCGGUUAGAUGAGGAAAAAAAUGAAAUUUCGAAAAGGGGUUUUGGUUUUAGAGUUACCCCGAAUGUGCAUACUUAUAAUACAUUGAUGCUGUGCUGUUAUCAAGUUGGUUUGUUGGAGAAGGUAGAGGAAAUUUGGCAUGAAAUGUGUAAUAUUAAGUGUAAUCCCAAUGCUUAUAGUUAUAGUGUGUUGAUGGCUGCUUUUUGUGAGUAUGGGAGGAUGGGAGAUGCUGAGAAAUUGUGGGCAGAAAUGAGGAAUGAGGAAAUGGAGCCUGAUGUAGUUAGUUAUAAUACUAUAAUUGGUGGGUUUUGCAAGAUUGGGGAUGUUGGAAGGGCUGAAGAACUUUUCAGAGAAAUGGCAUUGGCUGGUAUUGAAAGCACUGCUUCAACUUAUGAGCAUCUUGUCAAGGGAUAUUGUAAUAUUGGGGAUGUUGAUUCGGCUGUUCUUGUUUAUAAAGAUAUGUCUAGGAGGGCUUUCAGGCCUGAUGCUUCAACCCUUGACAUGAUGGUUCGGUUACUUUGUGAUAAGGUUAGGGUUCAGGAAGCCCUGGAGUUUGUAAGGUAUGCGGUUGGUAAAUUUGAUUUACAUCCCUUGGAAAAGAGUUAUGAGGCCUUGAUAAGGGGGUUAUGUUUUGAGGGGAGGAUGGAAGAAGCGAUGAAGCUUCAGGCAGAGAUGGUGGGAAAAGGGUUUCGACCUAAUUCAGAAAUAUAUGGCGCUUUUAUUGAUGGUUAUAUUGGACAAGGGAAUGAGGAACUGGCAGAAGCUUUGAGGAAAGAAAUGCUGCAAACUCAUAUGCAGAGCUAACAGAAUAAUAGCUUUUGUUUGCCUCUUUUUGUUGGGGGGAAAUAAACUGUAUACUGAUCUGCUUUUGUCCUCAGACUCUAUUCACAAUAGUUAUCUCCUGAUAACCAAGCUUGUUUGUUUAGCUUAAGAUAGAUAGAUGGCAUUAUACAUAGAAACAAAGCUGCAUAUUGAACACAAAUCUUUUACAUCUGAUGCAGUUAACGCGAGUUGCUUGUCUUAAAUGUAUACUUCCUUUUCAGUUUUCCAUGGA